GCGGGGCGGGCGCCGCGGAGCCAGGCGUUGCGCGACUCCGGCGCUUUGUUCCGCGCGGGCGGCCCGCGGCUGCGGCUCCUGGGCCCCGGGACUCCACAGUCACCGGCUCCACUCGGCCCUUCCCACCUCGGUCCAGGGCGGCGCCUCGCUGAGCCGGGGGGUCGCGGGGCCCUGGGCGACCGUGAGCAGCUUCAGGACCGGAGGAAAAAAAACAGUGAAUGGAAGGGAGUGGCUUCCUUGGCGGCGGGCACUAGAAACGUGUGCAGUAAUUAAAGAGCCAAAGAUUUGAAGUGCUCCCGUCUAUAGGCAGCUGUUAAUCUAGAGUCUACCUUUGGAGUUAAGCAUGAUGUGAAUAUUCCAUGGAUUUGGAGCAUAUGUGGACCUGUGAAUCUGCCCAGCCUGAUGCUUUCCAGGCUCAUUUUUGUGGAAACAUACAAGAUUUUCAUUGACAGGCUGGCGUAAACUCAAUAUUCAGCCCAAACUGGCCUCAAGCCUGUAACAGUCUUCCCUGCCACAGACUUCCAAGCACAUGGAUUACAAAUCCUGACAUUCAGAACAACAGACUCUGGCCACGCCACUUCUGUAUCAGAUCAACUAUGAGUUGGAAUACAAAACCACAGAGGGCUCCAUUACCACCACCGUAUCGUAAAAUUCAGCCUGCCUUUUCUCUGCCGUAUGCAUCGAACCAACUUUCCAACACAUCUCAAAGUUCUUUCAGUUGUCCUGCAAGUAACCAGGAACCCUACAUGUAUCUCAGUAAUUCAAAUGCAGUGUCACAGCCUCUGCCGAGUGUCAGAAAUUACAAUGUUAAUCUUCAAGUCCCUGCUUGUACUACGCCUAGCAGAACAGUGGUGACCUUGCAGACCUCAGUGGAAAGAACAGUAUACACAAAUGCUAAAGGACCCAUGCAACUAAAUCAAAAUUUGCAGGUGACUUCAGGAGUUAUACAAAACCUAAGAUUGAAUUCUUCAAUGAUGAAUUCUACACCCCCCCAAAUAGAGGCAACUGUGUCUCACCAGACUCACUUAGGAACAAAUCUAGCUAAUUCACACACACUGCAGACUCAGCAUACAGCAUCAGACACAUACUCCAUGCAGCUGCAGGCGACUCAGAAUUCAGCCAGAGUCCCUGUACCUUUACAGGGAAAUCAAGGAUUGUUGCAGUUGUUGACAAAUCGACAGGUUGAUUGGCCACAACAACAUGUAUCUGAUGAACCAGCAUUCUUGGACUACAGACCACUCCCAAAGCAACAUUCCUACCCAGCGCAAAGUUUCAUACCGGAUCCCACUAUUCACAAGAACAUCCUCAUGCCUUCUGUACCAUCACAGAGCACACAUAACCAACUCCCAACCUCUGCUCCAUCAAAUCAAGCCACAGCAUUAUCUUAUCAGUAUUCCCUACAAAGCAGCACAAGACCCCCCCUUCUUUACAACUGCAGAUAUGGAAGCCAGCCCAUGCAGAAUGUGCAACAUGUCACCAAAAAUUUGUCCGUGGAAGUUCCUCAGAAUCCAGAGACACACUCGUCUGAAGCAAAAAAAGAUUUCUGUCAAGGUUUUCAGCAGCAGUGGCAAAGCACAAAUGAUAAUCUUGCAGCAUUAGGGAAUUUCCGUGACAUAAAAUUCAAUGCUAAUGUCAGACAUUUUAGUGAGCCAACUAGAUCUGUGGAUGGUGUUCAGACUUCUCAAAACAAUCAAGAGAAAAGAGUGGAUUCUUGUAAUCCAACUUCAAGUCAAGGAGUUGACACAGCUAUUACAAAAGAAAAGCUAGCAAGAGAUAUUAAGUCAUUAGUAGAAAUCAAAAAAAAGUUUUCAGAACUGGCAAGGAAAAUUAAAAUUAAUAAAGAUCUGUUGAUAGCAGCAGGUUGUAAAUCAGUUAAUAUUAGCUUGGCCAAUGAGCCAGCUCAACGUCCUGAAUUGUUAGUAAAAGACAUCCCUGCUAAAACUCAGUGUUCCAUGGAACUGGUAAAAACAUGUCUUAAUCUUUGGAAAGAUGAACCAUCAAAAAUGGCAGAAGAAAAGGCUUCAAAUCCUGCCGGGGAGAAACAGGCUACUGAGAUGACAGAUGCAUCCACUGGAAUGUCAAAGCCCCCGGAAGUCCCUGUGGAGAAUCAUCCUUCAAUUGAGAGAAAUCCUCAGAACAAAGCAGUAAACCCAUUGCAAGAAGCAACUUUGUCCAUGCUAGUGCAAAAUUAUGAGCCUUCAUGUGCAAAUGUAGCAAAGGGGACAGAACUCCAGAUUGCUGUAGUGUCACCCUUGAUUCUUUCAAAUGUCAUCAAAGAAAUAACACCUGGAACUCUGCCUGAGCCAGUGUAUCCUGUUAUCAAAGAAGGCAGCAUUUGUAGCUUACAGAAUCAGCCAGCAGCAGAAAAUGCAGUGAUAACUGCUGCCUUGAAAGUUGAUGUUACCAAGCCAGUAGUGAGUCCAACGUCAGCCAAGGUUAUCCCUUUGAUUCAGAAGGAAAAGCAGAAUGAGCCAAGUAAUGGUAAUUUACAAGAUGUGUCCAGUGCUCAUGUGGAACAGGGCUGUGGUCUAAAUGGUUUGCAAACCUUGCCUAAACCAAAGGACAGAGCUCUUGUGAGUGAUGAUUUAUUACAGAUUGAAAAUAUUUGCUCUCUUGUUGAAGGGGAUGUAUCAUAUAAUUCCAAGAUUGCAAAGAUGUUCAGCUCUUCCCCUUUGAAAAAGGUUAAGCCAUCAAAAGUUUCUCUGCCCAGUCAGCAAGUAAUUAGUACUGCAUACCAAAAAGAACCAGUGGAACCAGCUACUGAGAGUAAAGACAGUAAAUAUGUACAAUACACAGACUUUCCAUAUGCCAUUGCCGUGGUAAGGAGGGAAGAAAAACAGGAGCUUGUAGGUUCCUCAUUUGUGGAGCCAGGGGUUCUAGAGGAAAGCAACUCAGACAGGACUCCUGAGGAUUUGGACACCCCUAGGGAUGCAUGCUAUUCUCCAGCUGCUGCUGCUAAGCAGGACAUUUCCUCUGAGGACUUCAACAAUUCCAGUGGUCUCCCUGCCCAGCACCCUGCAGUGGGUGACAGUCAGGACCACCCCACCUGCCUGCAUGACCAGCUGUCGGAACUUUUAAAGGAGUUCCCUUAUGGCAUCGAAGGCCUGAACCCAUAUGGGAGUUUUGUGAGCCAAAAGACAGAACAGGUCUCAGAAGAUCAGAGUGGUGGUAAAGUCAGUUUUCAUACUAAGGAACCCACAGACCAACUAAAAAUUACAGUCCUAAGCUCAGAACAAAUGAAAGAAUUAUUUCCCGAACAGGAUGAACCCCGUGAUGCAGACACACUCCAACACCAUGAGGUAGACAAAUCAGAACCUCCCAAAAAAAAGUGCGUCACAGAAGUUGAGAGCCAGUGUGACCCCUUGAUUCCCCCCGGAGGAGAAAAUCCAGAUUGUCCAGAGGACACGGACAAAAUCUAUUGCUGUGCUCUGGGCUGGCUUGCAAUGAUUUAUGAAGGGGUCCCCAAGUGUCGCUGUAACAUUGUGGAGGUGAAUAAGGAGGAGGUGCAGCAGGCUCCAUGGAAAACCAGCAAUUGUGAACAAGGACAACAGACCAUUACUGCGGGCGUCACUGCUGCUCAGUGUGAUGAUGUCUCACCUUAUCCAAAAACACCUCCUGCUGCUGUACCUGAGAAGUCACAUUUGACUAAAAAAAAUGACAACAAUAUAAAAGAUGCAUCUGAACCCAGGCAGGACAGCACACCAAGCAAGACACAGCUACCUGAUCAGGUUCCCCCUAAAUGUAAAAUCAGUGAUAAAGAUGCAUGCGGAAAAAAAUGUGGGGCCUUGGCAAAUGAGGGGCAAGAAUUAAAUGGCCAGUUGUCAUCUAAAGACAGUAAACUAGGCUCCUCACAGAGGAAUAAAGGAGUAAAACUCAAAUUUCAUGAGGUCAAAUUCCAAUCCAGCAGUCCUGACCAAGCUUCAAAGGAGGAGGGGCCCCUGAAGAAACACACACUGCAGAACUCAGAUCUACUGGACCCCAAAGUGAGUCUUUUCCCAAGUAAAGACCCAUGUAGGAAGAAUGGCUCUUAUGUACAGUCCUCUUCAGAAAAAAAAUUAAAAUCCAGAGAAAGCUGUCCCCAAGAAGCACAUUUUGAAAAAAGGAAGUUAGAACAAGAGGAAGUAACAGGUUUGGAGAUGAAAAAGAGGAGAUCCAAUAAAGAAGAACAGAAUAAAAAUACAGGAGUGACGUACAAGUCAUGUGAUAGUGUGCCAAACCCGAAUGAGCAAGCCAUUGUCAGAGAAAGUACAUUAAAGUCCUCAGACUUCAGGAACACAGGUGAGAGACCCACAAAUAGAGACAAGACAGCAUCACAGUCACAGUUGUCAAAUGUUAAGGACACUAGGGAAAGAGUCAGCAUUAGACAGCAGACAGUGUCUAAGAUGCAGGCCUCGGAUGCCAAGGACACAAGGGAGAGAGCCACAGUUAGAGACAAGGCCGUAUCACAGACCCAGGCCUCACAAGCCAAGGACACUAGGGAAAGAAUCACUGCUGAAGAACAGGCAGCACAGACGCAGGUCUCAGACGCCAAGGACACAAGGGGGAGAGCCACAGUUAGCAAUAAGACGGCAUCACAAACACAGGCCGCAUGUGCCAAGGACACUAGAGAAAGAAACAGUGUUAAAGAGCAGACAGCACAGACGCGGGCCUCAGAUGUCAAGGACACACAGGGAAGAACCACUGUUCAAGAACGGAGUGCACCACAGACACAGGCCUCAGAUGCCAAGGAUGGUUCUUGCAGGCUUAAGAAAGUGAUAACACUGCAGGAAUACUUCCAGAGGAAGAGGCAAAACGGACCGAUGGCUGAAACUGCCAAGAAAAUCUGUUUGGAAAAUGUUUCAGGCAAUUUCACAUCCACAAGCCCCACUACAGAUUGUGCACAAGUAGAAAGUUGUGGAAGAUUGAAUGGUAAAGGUGGCAGCAGUUUAGAGACCUUGAAAAAGUCCUCAAAUGUUUGUGCUAACUGUGGUAAAGACCUUAAAGCCCACCUUGCUGAGGAGUCUAAAACGUGUGCCCUUUGGAACCAGGUGAAAGGGAGAGCAGAUGGUAAACAGCCAACCAAAACCAAAGUAGACAAAACCUUGUGCAACAUUAGCAAUGAGAUGUCUCCCCAGUCAAAAGAACAGAGAAAGUCAUACUUGAACCGAGUGAACUUCAGGUGCACAGAGCGUGAGCGCAUCUGUCUUAGCACAUUCACCGGUUCCUCCUGGAAGCUUGGGAAACGUGAAAACCAGGAACACAAGCCUACGGCUUCUUUCCCAGGGAAGGACUCUGCUUCAAAGCCAGGCCUGCUGGAGUUCAAGUUAUGCCCGGAUGUACUGUUAAAGAAUACAAACUCUGCUGAGGACAAAUCGGCUCUCAAUGCUUACCCGGAGGAGCAGGUCACCGCGCAAGUUUCAGGAAUAAAAAGUUCAAGAAAAGACUGGAUAAAAUGUGUAACUGAGAAGACGAUGCAGAAAGCCAACCAAGAAAAUGGUGUCCACUCAAGACUUCUCCAGCGAAGUGCCAGUACGGAUGGACGAGAAGCACAGCAGAACCUGACGAAGGAGUCCCGGACCAUGUUCCAGACCUACAAGCAGAUGUACCUGCAGAAGCGGGGUGGGGACCUGGGCAGCAGCCCCAUCCAGUGACCACACACACUGCCUCGUGGCCCUAUGGCUUCUUGUCAUUUCCUCCCUAGUCUCUCCAGGCUUUGCUUGGGAUGGCUGCAGUGGUGAGCGCCCAGGACUUUGGUUACCAUGAAGUGUUAGUAUUUGUGCUUUGUAUCAAUUACUUGACAGCCCUGUGGGUUGGCACCUGUGAGAUACGGUGGUGUGUGUCAGGGAAGUUUGAUCUCCUGUAUUGUAAAGCACAUUUAUUGUUAUUUUCUCGACGCUUAUGCACAUCACAUUUGAAAAUGCCAGCUGCCCAUCGGAAGUUUCUGGAGUCCUGUGCCACAUUGGAUCACUUGUUUAUUUAACUGAGUUUGUAAAUACACUUUUCUUUCUGAACAAUGUUGGUAAAACUUACUUUUUCAGAUGUACCCACUGUGAAGAUCAAAAUACAUUCUUAAGUAUUUUGUACCUAAUUGUAAGCUUUUUCCAGGGGUCUUGGUUUAUACUUGUUAAACUGAACACAAUUUUUUUGAUAAUUAGCAUUACCUUUCAUACUUAAAAUAAACAUUUAUUUUUUAAAAAAAAA